UAGUUCCCAACUUAAUGGACCGGCUUGCUACUAUAUAAAUAUCGUAGACAUCGUCAGUAGCUUAAAGUCAACGCAAAAAUGUUGUACUUCAGUAUUAUUGUGGUCUUGUGUUUAAGUGUAGUAUACGGAGCGAAAAAUCUUCCUGACUACAUCGUAGCUUGCAAGAGAUAUGAUCCCAAUUUAAAUAACUGUGCAGCAAAAAAUGCAAAUAAUGGGUUGCCUCGUUUGCUUAAAGGUGAUAAAGAAUUCAAAACGCCGAAUCUGAUUCCCUUGAAGGUGCCCGAAUUGGAAAUGAAAAGCGGAAAUAACCUUAAGAUCAUCAUGAAGGAUUUGGUGAUAGAUGGCCUAGAGGCAGCUAAGAUAAAUACAAUUGAAAUAGAUCCAAAGAAGCAAAACGUCAUAAUAACCGUUUAUGUUCCUUGGUUGAGUAUCGGCAGUGACUAUACCAUUUCCGGACAAAUUCUGAUCUUGCCCAUAAGCGGAAGUGGUCCAGCUAAUAUGACGUUCUAUGACAACACGUUUGUAUAUAAUUUUGAUUACGAGACGUACAAGAAGAAAGAUGGUAAAGAGUACAUAAAAAUCGCUAAGAGUUCCACGGACAUCGAUAUCAAAAGGUCGUACUUUAAUCUGGACAAUUUGUUUAAUGGAAACAAGGAAUUAGGUGAAAAUAUGAACAAAUUUUUGAACGAGAACUCUCAAGACGUAGUGAAAGAAUUAGGCUAUCCAGUCGUAGCUGAAUUGGUCCAAGUCAUUGUGAAUCAAGUAUUCAAUGCUUUCCUUAGGGUGGUUCCUUACGACGAAAUACUGAUACCGUAAUAUAAAAUAUUUAUUUUCUGUUAAA